AUGAAAUUGAAUUAAUAAAUAGUGGAGAGAGAAAAUGAUAAUAUACGAAGAAUGAGUCGUUUAGCUAUCUUCAAUCAAAAAAGGUUUUGGCUUAAAGAAGAAGAAAAGUAAUUAACAGAGGAAAUAGAGAUAGAGUUUAAUAAACUUAAACUUGAAGAACCUACUUUAAAACUAGAAUAAUAAAACCUGCGAAAAUUUUGCAAGAAUUUUUAAAGUUUCGAAUAUUAUAAUGGAGAAUCUAUUUGUAUAAAUGACUACUUUAUUCGAAUAUUACCAGUUGGAUAACGAUGUAUUGUAAGUAGUCAUCAAGGAGUAACUGUAUUAAAAACAAUAAAUGGUCUAAAAUAUAAAUUUUCAUCUUCACUUCCAGGAGGUAAUUGUUAAAUAAUAAAAUUUAUAAGGAAGUUAAAAGACUUUGAUUGGUAGAUGCAUUUUAGAUUGUUUCUUAAGUGUAAAUACAGUUUAUAUCUAUGAUAUUUUAUAAUGGGGUAAGAUGGAUAUGAGUGAUUAAGUUGCUGAAUUAAGAUACUUUUGGAUUAAAGGACAUAUUCUUAAUUAAUUACGUUAAGAUAUAGAAGAAUAAGAUUAUAAUUUUGAAUGGAUUCCUGUAAUCCCAUCAAUUACUGAAUUAUAGAAAACUAUCUUUCCUUAUACCAAAAAUGGUUUACUAUUCAUUCGUAAAGAUUCUUAUUAUUAUGCUGGAGUUAACCCAGAAUGUUUUAUUUAUUAGGAUGAAUUUACAGAUGAAAAUUUCAAAGAAGAAUGCAUCAAAUAUAAAAUUGAUAAUUCCAUAACUUUAACUCUUAGUCUUUUCUAAAAUUAAUUAUUAACUAGAGAUGGUUAUAAGAUUGCAUCACAUCCAUGCACCAAAAAUACUAAAGUUAUUGUAGAUGCUAAAAUUAAAAUUACUGAUUAAGAAUUAAUCUUAAUUGACAUCAAAGAUCCAUCCAAAUUUUUAGAAGACCCAUACUCUAAAAUAAGGUUCUGGAAACUUUUACCUCGCUUAAGAAUACAAUGA